AUGUUUUUUGGGAUUUUUCUUGUUAGAAUUCCACGAGGCGCUCAUCCUAAAACCUGGGAUCUUUAUAAGAAAAACAUUAAUGAAAUCGAAGGAUAUUUCAAGUGCUUUGAUGGAUCAGGAAUUAUUGAUCUGAAAUACGUUAAUGAUAAUUAUGCUGAUUGCAAUGAUGGAUCAGAUGAACCUGGCACUCCUGCAACAAAUAAUGGAACAUUUUAUUGCAUAAAUAAAGGAAAUGUACCUAAAGAAAUCCUCAAAUGGAGUGUUUAUGACGGAGUCUGCGAUUGCUGUGAUGGAUCAGAUGAGGAAGGUAAUCUUAGGGUUAAAUGUCCAAGUAAUUGUCGUGAUGUAGUUUCCGAAGUUUCAAACUAUAUAGCACAAUUUGAAGAAAUUUAUACAAAAGGCAUUAAACUAGCUCAAAAAAUACAGUCAAAUAGCGAAACUAUGAUAGCGAACGCCAAAAAAUAUAUUGCAAAUUACGAACCAUAUUCACAAAAAUUAAAUGCUUCUUAUCUCGAAGCUAAAAGCGAAUUCGAUCAAAAAUAUGGAAGAAAACAUAAUAAAGAAAAACACCAGCGCAAUGCAUUUGAAUCUUUAAUACACAAACUCUAUAAAAUUACAUUUUUCAAUCAUAAAUCAAAGAACAGCUUCUGGAUGAUCAUUGAUGAACACAAAAUUAACAAUAAGAAAGGUGACCUCGCUCUAAUUACCCAGAAAUUACAGGAAUCCAGAAAUAUUGCAAAUACAAAACAAAAUAUCAAAAAUUUUCUUUCGAUAGGAAAGGAUGAAAUAAGAAUAGACGAGUACAAACUAUCUAUUCUUGGUGAAUUCAGAUCAAGAUACAAUUUGCUUGGCGUUUUUGACAGAUAUGAAGACGAAAAAUUGUUUUAUGAAAAAGGCGAUAGUUGUUUUGUCAUCAAUGGCCAAAGGCACGCUGAAAUUACUACUCAUUGCUGGGAUUCAACAAUUUUGACCAACAUAAACGAAGCAACAACGUGCUUUUUCACAGCUGACCUUGCUUCACCUGCAUUUUGCAACGACAAUGCGAUAAAGGAUUUAAGACAGCUUGAUUUGGAAGAUUUGGAGAAAAUUAAAAAAGAUUAUGUUAAUUAUCAAGGAAAUACAACUGUUGUUCACAAAUAA